AUGUCUGCUCCCUGGGAGGAGAUCCCCUUCGUCGGACCGGUGCUGGGUUCCCUGGUGGAUGUCACCCAGCAUCAGGCGAUCCAAUUGGGAGAGCAGGUGGGGACCGCCGCGAGCGUGGUGGCCGACGCCAUCAUUGGAAAGGAGAGGAAGGAGAGGGCCGUCACCGCGGUGCCGGCGUGGCUGGUGGACAAGUUUGCCGACAAGGAUCGGAUCGUCCAGGCCGCCAGUGAGACGGUCCGGGACGCCGCUGAUGACUCGCUGGUUCAGCUGUCGACACAGGUCCUGCAGCGGUGGCGCCCGAUUCAGGAUGGUGCUGCGGACGCGAUCGAGAGAGCGCAAGACGACGAGGUCGAGAGCGUCCUCCGGUGUUUGUGGGGCCUCGUCACCUCAAUCUCCGAGAAGGUCAGCCCCGGGAAGCUGCUGAAGGCCCUGCCGGAACUGCCGCGGCUGGUGCUGGAGACGGCGCUCGGCACCGUGGGCCGGCUCGGGGUUCUCCGGGGCGGGAUACUCAGCAACGAGAUCAACGUGGCGACGCUGGGUCUCGUGUGGAACCACUUCGACGAGCUGGUCAAGUUCUUCGUCGACCUGAUCGAGUGCGUCAAGUGCUACGCCCCGGCGAGCUCGCUGGAUGGCAAGGCCGCGCAGGGAGACCCGCACGGGCCCUACAACGAGCUGGAUCUCUUGCAGCCCAUGAACAGGCACGCCGUGGCCUGCCAGCUCCAGCGGCUCGUCAAGUCGGUCGUUUUCAUCCUCAAGCGCGCGGCGGCGCCUGUCAAAUUCGAGCAGAUCGACAUGACCAAGGAGACGAUCCUGCCCAGCGACGACUGCGGCCUGGGCACCCUCAUCGUGGUCCGACCGUCGGGAUGGCAGUGCGUCACGAGGGAGAAGUGGCUCUUCGUCAACGGCAUCGCGACGGAGCUCUUCUGGCUGCACCUCGCGUGCGAGAAGCUAGCCAAGAGGUACUCGCGCGAGGUCACCGGCGUCUUCAACCGGGGUGACGGCAUCCUGUGGGACCUGAUUGAGUGUGCCGGCGAGAGGGACGCCCGGGGGGUGGGAAGCGCGGGCAGCCAGAAGGCGGCCACCAAUCGGACCAAGAGCAGCCGGAUGGCCCAGGAGAAGCUCGAGGAGCAGCUGAGGGCCGCGCUGCGGCAGGCCGGGGAGGGCAGGGCGUACGACCACGUCGUGGUGAUUGCCCACUCGCAGGGCUGCCUCCUGCUGCGCCCGGCGCUCGAGGAGCUGAUCCUGUCCGCCGGGAAGGACUCGAGAGGAGCGGAUGACAUCCGGAGGACGAUGCUGGAUCGACUCUGCGUCUUUACGUUUGGGAGCCCGAGCGUGGACUGGAGGCUGGGGCGGGACGAGGACGGGGCCUUCCCGGCGCCCCUGAGGGGCAGCAAGCAGGAGAAGCGCGGAACGGACCUCGGGUUCCUCAGCUCGCACGUCCUCUGCACCGAGCACUUCGCCAAUGCGGCCGAUUUCGUCGCGAAGCUCGGGGUCCUCAGCGAACAUAAGGACGAGCACGACAGCGGCUACGAGUCGGACAGCGUCUUUGUCAACCGCGAGAAAGACUGGGUCGGCCACCUCUUUGGCACGCAGUACAGUCUCGAGAGCAGGCACUACGGGGCCGAGAAAGGGCCAGAGAAAGAGAUCGGCAGGGUUGCUCAAAUGGCGGGCUUCAGCUCUGUCUUACUCAACUGCCAAGGGGGGAUCUCGAUUCGAGACGCAAUGAGGAACGCGAACGCCGGACAACAACCGGAUGGGAUGGUGUGA